GUCAAUGAAUGCACGAUGUUUGUAAUCUGAAAAUAGAACAAACUCUUUAAAUUGGUCAAUAUUUAUUUUUUGUUUAUGUUUUGCGUUGAUUGUUUUUCGUUGGAUUGGACAUAAUUAUUUUUUCAUUUUAUGAAAAAAUAUUUAAAAAGUAGCUGUGUAUGCCUUUUGUUGUACGAUGAAUUCAAAUUUUCCGGAAAGCAUUAAGAUGGAAACAACAGAUGAAUGGCAAACACAUUUUGAAAACGGCGAUGUAAAUUUUGAUGUGAAUUUUGAUUCAGGGCAUAUGUUUUCUGAAACAUUGGAAGGUGAUCCAGAUGAAAGUGAAAUAAUUUGCAUUUAUAUGGAUAUUCAGUUGCCAAUUGAAACGUUGAAAGUCCUACUACAAGAAAAAACAAAGAAAAACUUGACCAACUAUGAGGUGUGGCUGCAAAAUGUGCAAAUGCUUGAGCCAUUCAAAACACUCGUGGAUCAAUGUGUUAAAGGCGAAGGUUUAGUGCAAGUAAAUGCACAAAUUUUGGAUGGUCCCAAACGCAUAAAUAUUGCUGAUGUUGUCAAACCAACAGAAGAGGUAGUAAAUGCUAUGAAAAAUGAACAAGGCAUCGGUCUCGACUCAGAUGUUGUUAUGAACGAUAUUGAACAUGGAACAAAUAGCAAUGAUUCGUCGGAUGCCAUCACCGUGUCAAGUGGCAAUGCAGCCGUACGUUCGAUUGACGAAGAUGAAGAGACAAAUCAUGAAUUUGUAAAUUGGGUAGUCGAUAAACUAUUUUUAGUAGUGAAAAAACAUCAGAACAUUCCAGAUGAUCCAAAAAAUUGGACAGAAGACCAUGUUCAAAUCUGGUUGAAAUGGGCCAUAAAUCAAUUUGGUUUACGUUUGCAAGAAAACGAAUGGCAUUUAACCGGCAAAGAAUUGUGUGAAUUGUCAUUACAAGACUUUCAGAAGAAAAUUCCACGAGAUCCGGGCAAUAAAUUUUGGACACACUUGGAAUUACUUCGAAAAUGUCAGUUCAUUGCUAUUCCUGGUGAUCCAAAAUCCACUAACGAAGAUUGUGAUGAGAUCAUCAACAAUGAACAUGUACGCGAGAAAAAUGCAAUUUUCAAAAAAAAUCCACGUUUUAUUGGAAAAACGAAAGUUAUCGGUUCGACUGACACGUUGAACGUGGAGACCGUUUUGCCAUCAAAUCAAGGUAACCGAACCGGAAACAAUGGACAGAUUCAGUUGUGGCAAUUUUUAUUGGAGAUUUUAAAUGAUAAAGAACAUCGAAAUAUUAUUCAGUGGCACGGAAAUCAGGGUGAAUUCAAACUUGUUGAGCCAGAUCGAGUGGCCGCGCUAUGGGGAAAUCGAAAAAAUAAACCGACAAUGAAUUACGAAAAAUUAUCACGAGCCUUGCGCUAUUACUAUGAUGGUGACAUGAUUUCUAAAGUUAGCGGGAAACGAUUUGUCUAUAAGUUCAUUUGCGAUCUUAAGCAGUUGACCGGCUAUAGCGCACAACAACUCUCCGAUCUCGUCAAUGGUGUUCCAAGGCAGCCGCGGCCAAGACGAUUUCCUGAAUCUUCUUCAUCUCUUUAGAAAUAAAAAAAAACUCCUUUUUAUUAUCAAUUAUCAUUAACAUCUUAUUGCCUUUGUUGAGGUUUAUUCAUUCUUUAGUUUUUACUUAUAAUGGUAAUUUGACUUUAAUUCAGACCUAGGAAAAAUAUGAAUAAAUCCCUGAACUUUUUAUUCAUUCAA